CCUAACCUGACUCCUCAUUAUCUCUCCCCGUCCAAACCGACAAAUGGCCAAACUUGCAGAAACUCCUUUCCCUACCUCAUUUCCAGAACCUACGUUCUCCUACGACGUUCAUAUCUACUUCAAUGAAAAAGAUGAGAAGGAUGUUCAGUCUGCUUCCGAAUUACGAGAAGAAAUUAUUCAAAAGUUUGGCCACCUCGAAGAUCUUCGAGUCUACAAGCUACACACCAAGCCGAUAGGUCCUCACCCUACUGGUAUGUUCGAGUGUGAUCUGCGACAACCCGCAACAUUUGCUACGAUUGUUCCAUGGAUUCAGCUUUACCGAAGAGGUCAUAGUGUGUUAGUUCAUCCACGUCAUGACGAUGCUCUCAAGGAGCACACCACCGAUGCCAUCUGGAUUGGAGAAAAGCAGCCAUUGUUGCUCGAUACUUUGAAGAGUGUGUAGAGUCUUGUUAAUAUGCUAUUAUAUUAUUUGUAAAAACUGCAAGUUGCCCUAUGAACUAUUUUAUAUGUCUUUUUCAGAAAUUUGCGUAUGUUUAUUUUUACUGGUA